CAACAACAGCACAACACUCACACAGACGCUCCUCAGACACUAGUGAAUAAAUCAUUGGUUGGCGAUCAGUCAUGGCAAACACAGGUCUUCAGGUGAUGGGUCUGGUCCUGGGCGUGGCAGGCUGGGCGUUCGGGAUCCUGGUGUGCGUCGCCCCCUGGUGGCGUGUGUCAGCGUUCGUGGGGGACGAGCUGGUGGUGUCUCAGGUGCUGUGGGAGGGGCUGUGGAUGACGUGUCUGUCGCAGUGGGGCCGUCUGCAGUGUAAAGUCUAUGACUCCGGCCUCGCCCUCUCAGGCUCCGCCCAGAUGUGCCGCGCCCUGUGUGUGCUGUCGCUGCUCCUGUGUCUGCUGGCACUCAUGCUCAGCGUGACCGGGCUCAAGUGCACGCGCUGCCUGGGGGACGCGCACGAGACCAAAGCUCGACUGGGGCAGGUCGGCGCCGCACUCUUCCUCGCAGCUGCGCUUUUCUUCCUUUUGCCGGUGUGUUGGACCGCGUAUGUCGUGAUACGAGAUUUCUACGACCCGAAUGUCGCCGCACCACUGAAACGUGAACUCGGACCUGCGCUCUACCUGGGAUGGGGCGUGACUGUGCUGAUGCUGGUGGGCGGGGCUUUGUUGUAUUUAGGCUCCGCCUCCCCUGGUGUUCCAGCUGUGCCUGUUUUCGGAAAAGGCGCCAAAGGAAACCCUCCUUCCACAGCAGAGAGCAAACCGGAGAAGGUCUUUGUGUAAGAGAGCGUAAAAGACAUCAGCCUGGAUAAACUGUUCAAGUGCUCUCCUUUAAUCUGCAGAAAUAUUAUCAUUUACUC